UGGCAAGAACGCAGCUUCUCCCGAACAUUUAGGUAGGUUCCGCAACGACAAAAGCUCUCCGCAAGAUCUUGUACAUAACGGUUUUAAUUUUCGUGUGGCGGACUCAAUUAACACCGGGGACCUACUCGGAGAAACACGAAUUGACAACGGGCGAACUUCGGUGACUCUGGGACGUGGGCGAUGGACCCAUCUGAUGGUGGUGGAGAUUUGUUACAUUUAUUUCCCCGGGUUCGGCGAUGCGGGGAAAAGAGUGGGGAACUGAACAAACAGAGUCUUCUUGUUCCCCAGUCAUUUUGUCGGCGUUUCUCCUGAUUUAGACCAGGAAGAUCCGGACGGGGAUUCGAAGCCUAGGCUGGAUGGAGAGCAGGAUGGCAACAGAAUGGCAUUGGCACGCGUCGGCUGACCUGCCCUGCGUGGGCAUCACUUUUGCACCCUGAAGUAGCGCACUUAGCCGGCGGGGUACCUUUGGAAAAACCCAAUGAGGAAACUGGCGCGAUCCCAAUCACGGUCCGCGGUAGCGCCUACAUAAACUGCCACCACUAGUCAUGGGAGUCCCAAGGUUCUCUCGGUUCCUUCCCUCAACAUGGUUGGACCUGCUGCGACUUCAUCCACUGGCGCCCACGCGUAUGCUCAUCUCAUCGACCCCAGCAGGACGUGGCGCAGCAACCGCCGGCUCAUCGUCCUCAAUGCCUGGCUCGUCCUUCUCCUUAUCACAUCCUCGACCAACGGAUACGAUGGGAGUAUGAUGAACGGGCUCCAGACGCUGCCCCAGUGGAGAGACUACUUCAACAACCCGACCAAGGGAAAGCUCGGUUUGCUGAACGCCAUCCAAAACAUCGGUUCUUUGGCUGCGUACCCGUUCGCCCCGUACUUGACUGACGGCAUCGGACGUCGCCGGACGGUCUUCAUUGGUGCGGUCAUCAUGUGUAUCGCGACAGCGGUCCAGACUGCGUCGCAGUCGGUCGGCAUGUUUAUCGGAGCUCGGUUCAUGAUCGGCUUCGGAGUUACGAUCGCGGUCAACUCGGCCCCGCUGCUGGUUUCUGAGCUGUCUUACCCGCCUUACCGCGCCCAGCUCACAUCGGUGUACAACUCGCUCUGGUACACCGGUGCGAUCGUUGCGGCGUGGUCAACAUUCGGAACGUUCAAGAUGACGCACAGCACCUGGUCGUGGCGAAUCCCUUCCGUGCUCCAGGCUCUGCCGUCGGUUCUCCAGGUCGCACUUGUGCUCUUUGCACCCGAGUCCCCACGUUGGUUGAUGAGCAAGGGCCGCGAAGCGGAGGCUCUGGACACGCUCGCGUACUACCACGCUGACGGCAAUCAAGCAGACCCUCUGGUCAAGUACGAAUUCGAAGAGAUCAAGGCCGCACUGGAGUUCGAUCGGACGGUCGCUGCGAACAUCGGCUGGAAGUCGUUCUUCGCGAGCCCCGGCAACCGUAAGCGUGUCCGGAUCAUCGUCGCGAUCGCCUUCUUCUCCCAAUGGUCCGGCAACGGUCUCGUCUCGUACUACCUCACCAAGGUGCUUGACACCGUCGGCAUCACCGACCCGACGAUCCAGCUGCUCAUCAACGGAGUCCUGCAAAUCUGGAACUUGGGAUGCGCAUUGUCGGCGUCGUGGGCGGUGGAGCGGCUGGGUCGUCGGCUGAUGUUCUUGACGAGUGUGCUCGGGAUGCUGCUGUUCUUCACGUUGCAGACGAUCUGCACGGCUCGCUUCCAGAUCGCGCACACCAAGGGCGCCGGAAACGCGGUGAUUGCGUUCAUCUUCCUGUACUAUGCCGCAUACGACAUCGCCUUCACGCCUCUCAUUGUCACAUACACGCUUGAGAUUCUGCCCUCGCCCAUCCGCGCCAAGGGCUACAACAUCUUCAACUUCACGAUUUCGCUCGCGCUGAUCUUCAACCAAUAUGUCAACCCGAUCGCCAUGGACAGCAUCGACUGGAAGUACUACAUCGUGUACUGCGUGUGGUUGGUCGUCGAGGCCGUCUUCCUCUACUUCUACCUCAUCGAGACCAAGAGCCGGACCCUCGAGGAGACCGCGGCGAUCUUCGACGGCGCGGAGGACAAGAUUAUCGGGGCGGGCGAGCAGCACAUCGACGACAAGAUGGUGGACGAGAAGGUGUCGACCUCCUCCCAAGUCUGAUUUGACGAUAGGCCGAAUCAACUCAAUGUCAUCUCAUGAUAUCCCACUUUACGACUUCUGGGUUCCGUUCCUCUAAUUGCACGGCGGCUACGUCUUUAGUUUUUGGGUUAGUUUGGUUGGCGCGCAUAUGUAUUUUUACGACUAGGUACCACUCAAAAACGAUAUUUUUUGGCGUCAGAAAUUUCCCUGGGAAUGCCAAGGCGCGGGCGUGAGUGAAUUUCCGGCCGUGCCGGAUCCACUUGUG